AUGCUGGGACUAAAAGGCUUUUCUCGUCGACUCAAAAACAAGAUAUCAAAAAUAUUCAACCCCCAUGGCGAGAGGAAUGCUACAAAAGACUCUGUCCUGCAUGCGAGCGCUACAUCGACCUCAGGACGACAUCCAACCAUCACUUUCGAACCCUUUAUCGAAAAAGGUCCCUUAAUAUCCGCAUACGCAAAUUACACACCAAAAGUCACAUUCUCAUACUUGGCGGGACAUGCCUCAUUUCAGACCGGUUAUUUUGGAGUAGAAGAUACUGCAACCGUUUCCGGAAUGCUUAAUCUCCGCUUCCCCGACAAUGACCCGUGUUUGGCCAAGAGCAUUGUCAUAUCCCUAAUCGGAGAAGAACGCAUACGAUGGACCGAAAAAACCCCCGACGUCGAAACACCGACUAAAUCAACUAGCCGCAAAAGAUCCGAAUCAACAAAUAGAAUGGCCUCUAACGUAUUCUGCAAUCAGAGCAUAUGCGUCUGGCAAACGUGUCUGGUAGGAUACGAAGAGAUACGUUCCCUAGAUAUCCCAUUCUCGUUCAAUCUCCCGACAGAUCUACCAGCCUCGCUGUAUCUCGACGAUGUGCAGGCUCGUAUCAAAGAAGUCGAGGUCGGACUAUGGCUUACAAAAUACGCCGAAGAGCCAGCCGUGUUAGAUGACGACAGAAGUGCUCAGAGUUGGAGCGUUGCAGAACCAAAUUCAGAGAUUCCCAUACGAUGGAGUUCUUGGAAUGACGCUGCAGCUAUCCAAAGAGGGCUCGGUUGGGAAAUCACCCUAAACAAGACCUUGUUCGGCCCGGAUAACCACAUAAUGGUCUCGGUUAAACUCUUGUUCAUGGAUCCGAGAGUAAAAGUGGAAUCCAUCUCCUUUGGUCUGCAAGAGAUUAGAACCUGUCACAUUGAUGACGACCAAAUCGUCAACAAGUCUAAAAAAUAUAUUCGUCAUGAACGUGUUCGUGGAGAGGACAUUGCAAUAUUGCCUGGCCCUGACAAGGAAGGGUUCGUGGUAUUUGUGACUCCAACCGACGGCGUUACGUUUGACGUGAAUACCAUGUAUAUCACUGUAAAGCAUAAAGUAAAGAUCAGAAUUGACUUUAGUCAAUAUGCUGCUAUUGAAAAAGACAUUGUCAUUCGGAACUUUAUAUCAAGAAACGAAAUUGCUCUACGAUCUGCUGCGCUAGAGAGUGAGCGGAAAGGUUUAAAGAUUGAAGAAUGGCGGAUGUCAAGAAUCUCGCAGAGCAAGCGGAUGCAGGAUAAAACGUUCCGUGAAAGCAAGCGUUAUAGCAUGAACGGUGCCGGCGUAGGUGGAAGCGGCGUUGUGAGGAUGGUUAGUGGGAAUGCUACAUUCGCAGUGCAAGAUGAAAACUAUGAUGCAUUAGAACAUCGUCAAGAGUUGGAAGAGCGGCUAGUCAGCAUGCAAGAUGAAUUGCAACAAGACUAUCUUGAUGAUCGGGAAGAAGAACUGGACAAUGUCCAAGCGGAAGGAUCAACAAGCGCUCGAUAUGGCUAUGCCUUGAACAACGGUCACGUCAAACUGGAUUCAGAUGAUGAGAAUGCACGCCAGCGAUACUAUGAGAGUCGAGGAUGGAUAUGA